GCGCCGUAUCCCGCCCACGGGCGGCCCCGCCCCCCGUGGGCGCUGGGCGGGAGAUUUGGGCUCCGCCGGUGGCGCUCGCGCGAGAGCAGGCCGGGCGCGCCAUGGAGCCGGAGGGAGAGCGGGAGCGCGAGCGCCUCUUACACACCCAGAGGCUAAAGGCUGCAGUUCACUACACUGUUGGUUGUCUGUGCCAAGAAGUUGCAGAAGACAAAGGCAUUCCGUUCAGCAAACAAACCAUUGCAGCUAUUUCAGAGAUCACCUUCAGGCAAUGUGAAAAUUUUGCAAAAGACCUUGAAAUGUUCGCAAGGCAUGGAAAACGAACUGUAAUCAAUUCAGAAGAUGUGAAGCUUUUGGCCAGGAGGAGCAACUCUUUGCUAAGGUAUAUCACCCAGAAGAGUGAAGAGCUUGCAUUGAAUAAUCUGGAACAAAAGGAGAGGAAGAAAAAGAAGUCCAGCGCAGCAAAAGGAAGACGAACCUCUGAUGAGCAGGUGGAGGCUGCUAUGGCUGAGAGUGAGGAUUCCAACAUGGGAUGAUCUUCCUCUCAAACCACUUCUUUGCUUGCAAUCUGCUUUGAAACAUGGAGCAGUAAGGAUCCAAUACUAUCCUAGGGAAACAACUGCAGCCUAUUUGUAUGGGAACUCCAUUGGGAGUUGCCUUUGUGGGGUAGCUACAGCAUUGAGUCCUUAGGUUUUAGGUGAACACGAUUAAUGUUUUAGUUCCAUCUGCAAAAACAGGCAUCAACACCAAAAGCUUUUUAGAGGUCAUCAAAGGAAGGCUUACAAAGACAAGUAUUGCCAUAUUUUCAUGUUUUUCUAUUUAUAUUUCCCAAAAGAGAAUUUAUUAUUGAGUGCUUGAAACUCUAAAGCAAGGUAUCCUUUGCCUAGCCACAUAAAAGAAUCUAGAGUGUGAAGGACGCUUUCUGGCAAUCCUCCAUGUCAUUUGUGGUUGGCUUCUUCAAAUUGCUAGUCUGAAUUGUGAUACUCCACACUUGUUGGUUGCUACUUUGCUGAAGUGUAUAAACAUUUUUCAGCCAUAACUCAUGUUUGUCAUUCUUUUUGGCUAUUAAAGUAGAUUUUCCUGCAUCA